CACAUUAACACCAAUAAUAUUGUGACGGUACGUAUGCUUUGAAAUCUUUUUUCAGAACAUGGAAAUUAUAGAGAAAAAACAUUUUCUAAUAUCAAUGUUUUCUACCAUCUGUUUUAGAUUCCUUGGAAAGAAAAAGAAUUAAAAUCUGGUAGAGUAUCCUUGUAAUCGAACGGAUUUUCUUAUUCAAUAAGUGAUUACGGACAGCAACACAACGAUUGAAGCGACUUGAAAUGGCAGAAGGGCGGCUUGUUUUUACCAGUGUUAGGCUGGAUGAUCUUAACUGUGGGAUAUGUCUACAAACCUUAAAAGAUCCGCGUGUGAUUGGUUCAUGCCAGCAUAUGUUUUGCCUGAAAUGUAUUUUAGAUUUAGUUGCUGUGAGUUUAUCGAAUCAUGAAAGUGAUAUUACAUGCCCGUACUGCAGAACAAAUAUAGAUAAAGAUACACAGUUCUUUUCGGAAAGAGUAAAUGAUCGCGAGAGUUGGGAAACAUGUUUUCCGAAAAACAUAAUUGUUCAUGAAGUAAUUAGCAAGUUAAAACCUGAAGAUGAAUAUUGUAAAUUGCACAUAAACAAAAUCAAUGAACACGUUUGCGUAAAUCAUUCAUCGUUGAUAUGUGGGGAUUGUCUUCGAACUGAACACAAAGAAUGUAGAAAUGUUCAGAGUGUUGAGGAGUAUACACCCAAAUACCUUGACCUUGUACAGUAUGACAUUGAAUUACAUGACAGCGAAACAGAAGAACAGAUCGGAAAUGUUGCAAGCUUAUUACGUAGAAAUGAACAAUGCAAACAGGAAUCGGAUAUUGAAAAACAUGAUUUAAUAAUUAGCAUACAAACUGCAAAAUUAAGGCUAGCAAAACUUCAACAAAACCGUGCAAAUGACAUCGAAAAAUUUAAGAAAGAUACCAAAAAUGCAUCGGAUAUCUAUGCAAUCUUACAAUGUUCGUUGGAGUUAAAAAAGAGGCGACAGGAACAACAAAAGGAUAUUGAUGCAGUUAUAGAUGACCUAGAGAAAAGUUAUUCCAGACAUCAAGCAUCUGUUGAGCAAAAAAAGAAUCGCUUACGAAAGAAAAAAUCAACUGUUGAAAGUCAUGAUAAUAACGUUAGCUUAAGAAAACCAUCUGACACGCGACCAAGGACAUCAUAUCAUCAACAAGCUGGAACAGUUAUCCGACAAUAUGGCACAUAUUGGCAUACAACAGCAACUUGACAUAUCAUCUAAAUAUGUCCAAGAUAUUCA